AUGAAUCGUGCACGUGGCGGUUCUCGAAGGCCGAACCGCGGUGGAGGUCGAUUCAACAAACCUCGCACAUUUAAUCGCGCUGGUCUUUCAGGUCUUUCUGUAUCUAUAGAAAAAGAGCAAGAUGAACUAGACGAAAAGGAAGACGAUGAUCACUUUGUCGAUAGUUUGGCUGAAAUUAAUGAGCCCUCCCAUGAAGGAAAAAACAGAAUGCCAGCCAAAGCUAAAUCGAAAUUCCGUAACAAAGCUCUCAUUCAGAGACUUGAUAUGAGCGCGGACAAUCAACAGAUGAUAGAAGAAGUUCUCCAGGAUCUACAAAUCACCAGGAGCAGUCACAAGUUCAACGAAAAACUGACUUUAGAUGCGAGGGAGAUCAGACGAAAUGAGGCUUAUUGGCAGAAGGUCGGCGAGAAAAAACUCAUGAUCGAAGAUGUUAAAUUUGCCGAUCAAAACGAAACUGAUGCUGAAUCUGAUGAUGAUAUUUACAGCUCUUAUGCGGUGAAGAAAUUGCUUCAGUGUGGCUUUGAAAAAAAGAGGUGCAUAGACGCCCUUCGAGAGAAUGAUGGUGAUUUAGGAGCAGCUUUGCAGUUACUGCUUUGUAGUUGCUGUGAAUUAAAUCAGCUUGGGAAGGAUAAUCCAGAUUACACUGAGGAAAAAUUUCAAGAAGCAGUUUUGCAAAGACAAGAAGAAGCGAUGGCUCUUGCGUCAAUUUAUGAAGAAAGCUUUUCUGAAGUUAUUCCAGAUUGUGUAUGGAAUAUUAAAAUGUCUCUGCCCUUUUUACAAGAGGCAUUCAAACCAAAAAAGGAGGCUCAAAAUAAAUACUACAAAAGCAAAACAGGCGAAAGCACAGAGAUCCCUGAAAAUGUUUGUAGGUUCUUUUUGAAAGGGUUCUGUAGAUUUGGAGACAAGUGUAGACUAAGCCAUAUUGUUCCUGAUAAGAAAAUCAAUUCAACUGACACAAGAGAUGACAUCCCAGAAGUUAAAAGUGCAGAUAAUAUGGUCACUGAUCUGUCCUUCCAAUUCAAUCUUGAAGUGAGAUUUCCUAAGGAUUCCCUAUAUCCUUUUGAACCUCCAAUGGUGGCUUUCUACUCUACUCACGAGUUAAUUCCAUCAGCAGGUUGUCUUAAUAUGACAAUAAAGCUCAGCCAAGAGGCUAAGCUAUUAUGUAGUGCAGAGAGUCCUGCAAUUUUUUGCCUUACCAAUCUAUUAGACAAUGAAGAGGAAAUCAUGGAAUGUUUUAAGUUGCCCCCUUCAGAGUUUAGUCUACCACCUAAGAACAAAGAUACUUUGCAAAGCAUUGGGGCUUUUAGUAAUAAUGAUGAUAAAAAAGGUGUAACCAGUGGCAAGGUGCAGACGAAUGAACCUCAACAGUCUCCAGAUGAACUCACAGUACAGGAGAAAAACAAGAAACUCAAACAGCAAUUUGUGCGAUUACAGGUAAUAUUACAUAUUUUUGUUUCUAAUACUGUAUGAAGCCUUCAAAAUGUUGAUCCAUUAAUUUUCUUCCUGGUUAAAUAUCAAUAAUCAUAAUCAUAAUACAGUCAACUCUUGCCUUGCACACAUACAUGUAAUGGACACCCCAACAAUAUGGACAGCAUCCCUGCAAAAACAAAUAACAGAUGUUUGACUUAAAUAAACUCCCACUAUUACGGACUCGCGCUAUUGAGGACACUAAUUUGAGGCCCCUACAGUGUCUGUAAUAAAGGGAGUUGACUGUAAUAAUAAUAAUAACAAAAAUAUUGCAGGCGACAAGAGGAGCCCACGAUCCUAAUCUUCAGGUUAUUAUUAUGCAUGCAUCGCAUGUAUGUAGCCAGCAUUCGUUUGGACUUCCACUAAGAAUGAAUGGAAUACACAAAAUACAAUAAUAUUUGAUCAUGCACACGUUUUGACCUUCUACCCUUUGUACUCUGAUCACACGUGUUUUUUCAACUUUUAUGCAAAGCACAGCAUUGGAGCAAAAGCGUUUGGACCUCCGAUCAUUGUCGCCCACCCUCCCUAUUAACCUUUGGUCAUUAUUAUUAUUAAUACAUAUUCUCCCCUUAUGGGGCUUUCAUGGAUAUGUAAAACAAAUGAUUUGAAUGGCACAUAAACGGGUCAAGAAUACCAGCUGUAAGGAGGCAAACCAGUUGGCUAAAUGUAUUUAGAAGUGUGGCCAGGAUUUGAACUGAGGACUACUGAGAACAAAACCAGCUAAUGGUGAGGGUGGGACUUGAACUUUGAGCCAGCUGCACUGUCUCCUCAAGUACAGAUAUUUGGUGCAUUUUGUGGAUGAUAAUGUAGCCUUUUUCAGAUGUUUCGAAAUUGAGAAGCACACAACUCAAUUUCCCUGCCAUGUUCUCUUUGUUUCUGAGCACCUGGAAUAUCAUAAACUACGACUUAUGGGGUCCCCCACUUGUAAGGCCCCCAGUUAUGGACCCAUCUACUUGUAAACAGAAAAAUACAUGCGAUUAAUCCUGUCCUCUAAAUAUAUUGAAAUGAAUUCGAUUUAUUAUGAUGUUUUGAAGCUUAAUUAAAAACCCAUAAGUGCAAAAUGUAUUUUGAUCAGCAAGGCUAUGGCUUCUUUCAAAGCACUUCUUCUAUUUCAAUUUAAUAUAACCCCCCCCCCCCCCCUCCUCCAUUUAUAUGCUGUCCUAAAACCUCCUAUGAAGAUGUGUAAGCCCAGGGCUUAUAAGGGCUGUCAUGUAAACAACUGUUUAUGGUAGGCUUAACACCAGCUUUUGGUACAACAGCCAACAUUUUGUCCAUGUGCUACUGUUACAGUCUGUUCCUGCCUACAAGUCUAUGCUUGAAGAGAGGAAAAAGCUUCCUGCUUGGAAAUCACAGCAGAACAUCAUUGAAACACUUCAGCAAUAUCAGGUUGUUGUCAUCAGUGGAAUGACAGGGUAAGGGUAACAACAAGGUGACAUCAGCUGUGACCUGGAUUUAAUAUUUCUUAGUGUUCCAAAACUACUGACUUGAGUGCCAGCAAGAUAUGGUGGGCCUCAUUAGUUUAAAAGGAAAUCCACUUGCCAUAUGUAAUGUUUUGGAUCUGUGCCUAAAGAAAUGCUGGGGGCCUGAAUCCUAAAAAUCUUGUUUUAGAUUUGAUCUGAUGAAUCCUUUACGAGUAUAGAAUCUUUAAAUUCAAAAUCCAUUGUUGGAUUUCCCAAUGAUAGAAAAACUGAAAUUAUUCAUUCAGAUACAACAACCCAGUUUGGUUUUCCCCCAGGAAAUACAGCCCCUAUGUUUAGAAUCCAAGGGUUACAAAAUAUUUUGGUCAUGUGACCAUUAAGUGUGGCUCUUGAUCUUCCCUGUUAAUAACAAUUGACAGAAGUUAACAGGUGCACUUAUUCUUAAGAAUUUUCAUGUGGGUCUGGCUUCUUCAACAGCAAUUUGUGCUAUAGAAGUGAUAGCAUAUAGUCAUCAGCAUUUUUGCUUGUGUUUCAUCAUCACAGUCAUGAAAGCAACUGUUGAUACACUGUAGUCUUUACUUCCAGUAUAACUACUCGUAUAUGUAUAAUUUCUUAAGCUACACCCAUGCAAGAGCCGAAUAACCACGUUUUGAUAUGGGGACUGGGUUUAUUUGUGGGUAUCAGGGGUAGCGUGGGUUGGAAAAGGGGUGAGGGAGGGGUUGUAUCUACUGCAAAGGAGAUAUCCAGGCCUUAGAUCUUAAGAGAUCUACACCUUGUUCCUCUUUUUUUUUUCAGAUGUGGUAAGACAACACAGAUUCCACAGUUUAUUCUUGAUAGUUAUCUAAAAGAGGGAAAAGGAGGAGAAUGCUUCAUCAUCUGCACUCAGCCUCGCCGAAUCUCUGCUAUAUCUGUUGCAGAAAGGGUGUCAGCUGAGAGAAUUGACAAGAUUGGAGAGACUGUUGGUUAUCAAGUCAGACUUGAAAAUAAACAGGUAACAAAAAGGAAGAUGAAGGUUAAAAAAGUGUAUUAUUUAAAAAAAGAAAGUUGGAAUUUUCAAAGUUGUCAAUUUAAGCAGAGAGAGUACAGUUAUUAUUAGGGAGGGAGUUAAACUGCUGAUUGAAAAUAGAGAGUUUUAUCUAAUAUGUUACUUUUUUUCAAGAAAAAAAUGGGUAGAUCAUAUUAUGCAUCUUUUGCCAUUCAUUAAUCAAGGCAUUUUGUGAUGUGAAAUGUUUUUUUAGCACUGGUAUGAUUAGCCUACAUCUGUAACAUGCAGACAUUCUUUGCAUUCCUUCCAUACAUUUGUUAGAGAGGAUUGUAGAAUGAGCCAAAGGAACAAAAUAUUGGUAAUUUAUAUAAGCUUUGGUAAACAGCUGCUCUCCCUUCAAUCAAUAUAUUUAUACUUACUUUCUUUUUUCAGCUAUUUAGCAUGAUGUUUAUGUAGCGAGAGGCCUACCUUAAAAACCUCACGAAACCCAAGAUUAAAGAAAAUAAUUUUACAUUCUAUAGUUUCAUUAUUUUAUCAUCAUCAUCAUCAUCAUUGUUAUCAUCAUACUCAUCAAUUUAGAUAAAGAGGAUAAUGAUGAUUAUCUUGUUGUAUUUUACAGUCAUCAAGAACAAGCUUAUUAUACUGUACAACAGGUAUAUUACUGCGUCGCUUACAAGGAGAAUCAAGCUUACCAUAUGUAAGUCAUGUGAUUGUCGAUGAAGUUCAUGAGAGAACGGAGGAAAGGUAUACCAUGAUUAUUUUAUUGUUUGAGCUGUCAGUGUAUAUCCUUCAUUUGCUACUUUCUUUGAAAUUUCACAAAAGUUCUCACUAAGAGUAAGUCAACUGGUAUGAAUUUCAUUGUAGUACUCUUGUUGCUAACUAUUCCACUUUUCAUUAAUUUGCAGUGAUUUUCUGAUGAUGGUGUUAAAAGACUCGUUGUUGGUCAGACCAGAUAUGCGAGUUGUAUUGAUGAGUGCAACAUUAAAUGCUCAGCUUUUUUCAGAAUAUUUUUAUGAUGCUCCUGUUAUUCAUAUACCAGGUAUAAAACAGUUGUGGCCUCUGAACUAUACCUUACAGUUAACAGUUGUGAUAGAACUAUACCUUAUUGUAAACAGUUGUGAUAGAUCCUUACACCAUAACAGGAGAAUGCCUUAACACUGAUAGCUCACACAAAUAGCUUUUUCAUUGGAAGGUUUAUCUGAGAAAAUUGUUUAUUCCAGGAAGUUUCAUUUCUCAUCUUAAAAAGGGGGCUAACACUGGGAGUGAAUAUGUUAAAGAGAUGUCCACCAUUAAGAGAUGUUUAUCUUCUGAAGGUGUCCAACUUAGAGGGAGGUGUACAUCUGAGAGAGGGUGUUUACUAAUCUUAGAAGGGUGCCCAUCCUUAAAGAAGUGGUUAUCUUAUGGGGGUGUCCAACUUAGAGGGAAAGUACAUCUUAGAGAGAUGCCUAUUGAGAGACAUUUCCAUCUCAGAGAGAGGUCGGCAUUAGGUGAAGUCCAUAUAGAGAGGUACCCAAAAAGAUGUCUGUGGUAGAGGUGUCCAACUUAGGUAAUUGUCCAUAUUAGAGAAAUGCCCAUCUUUUUUAAUAGUGUGUCUAUCUUAGAGAUGAGUCAAUUUUACAAAGACCUCCAUCUUAGCACAUUUAUUUAUCUUAAAAAAGGGGUUACAUUAAUUUAGAGAUGUCUAUCUUUCAGGGGGGUCCAUCUAAGAGAGAUAACCUGUGCAUCUUAAUUAGUCAGGGCCCAGUUGUUCGAAGGCUGAUUAGCGCUUAACCCAGGGUUAAAUUUAACCCAGGUUUCUUUUUCUUUUGUUCAAAAGCAUUUUCUCGGAUAAUUUUCUCGGUUAUUUUUAUGAGCAUCCAACCAUCAACUUGUUGACAAAAAGAAUUAAACUGAAUUUACUUUUUAAGCCUUCAUAUCUGAAUUCAAAUUUCGCGCUAACCCUGGGUUAUCUUAACCCAGCUUUGAACAACCCGGCCCAGAUGUGCAUCUCAGAGAAAUAUCUUUUCUAUAAAGAUUGAUGAUCUUACAUCUUCAGGAAGUGUCCUUUUUCGAGAGGUGUUCAUUUUGGCUGGUGAUUUAAUGACAUUUUUGUAUUAAGUUAAUGUUGUUUUUAUAAUUAUUAUAAAAGGUCGCACAUUUCCAGUUGUGGAACUAUUCCUUGAAGAUUCAUUGGAAAUGACAAAGUAUGUGUCAAACAUUUGUGUUAAUAGAGAGGUACCCAAAAAGAUGUCUGUGGUAGAGGUGUCCAACUUAGGUAAUUGUCCAUAUUAGAGAAAUGCCCAUCUUUUUUAAUAGUGUGUCUAUCUUAGAGAUGAGUCAAUUUUACAAAGACAUCCAUCUUAGCAUAUUUAUUUAUCUUAAAAAAGGGGUUACAUUAAUUUUAGAGAUGUCUAUCUCUCAGGGGGGUCCAUCUAAGAGAGAUAACCUGUGCAUCUUAAUUAGUCAGGGCCCAGUUGUUCAAAGGCUGAUUAGCGCUUAACCCAGGGUUAAAUUUAACCCAGGUUUCUUUUUCUUUUGCUCAAAAGCAUUUUCUCGGAUAAUUUUCUCGGUUUGUUAUGAGCAUCCAACCAUCAACUUGUUGACAAAAAGAAUUAAACUGAAUUUACUUUUUAAGCCUUCAUAUCUGAAUUCAAAUUUCACGCUAACCCUGGGUUAUCUUAACCCAGCUUUGAACAACGCGGCCCAGAUGUGCAUCUUAGAGAAAUAUCUUUUCUAUAAAGAUUGAUGAUCUUACAUCUUCAGGAAGUGUCCUUUUUCGAGAGGUGUUCAUUUUAGCUGGCGAUUUAAUGACAUUUUUGUAUUAAUUUAAUGUUGUUUUUAUAAUUAUUAUAAAAGGUCGCACAUUUCCAGUUGUGGAACUAUUCCUUGAAGAUUCAUUGGAAAUGACAAAGUAUGUGUCAAACAUUUGUGUUAAUUUUUUUCAGUUUGGUUAUGAAAAUGAUUUUCUUUUAUCAUUGAAUGCGAUAUUUCUUACUUUUUUAUUUAGGUUUCAAGUUGACCCAAAUUCACCUUAUGCCAAACCCAUGAAAUCUUCGAUCACUCCAGACGCUGCUGGCAAAAAAGGACAGUUAACAAAGGACAUUCAACAAAUACAGGAGUCUGUCUCAUGCAUUGACUUUAGACCUCCUGAUGAGAAGAUGGAUGAUCAACAAUUGUCAGAAGAACAGGUGGCCUGGAGAUAUGCCAGUAAGGGCGUGCAUCUUAUUUCACUGCCAUCAUGUGCUGAAGUUUGUCAUUUUUCACUCAUAAAUUGUGUUCUUUUACAAGCCUCAUAAUAUUCUUCUGAAACACUCAAAUUGCCUUCUUAGAUGCAGAUGAUUAGCCUGAGAAAACAGCCGACAUUUGGCGACGCCGCCACUGGUUUCCCCGCCAAAUGACGUCUGAGAAACGAGCGCAGAAAUUCCAUACUGAUGACGCGGCACUACCCAGAUCUGGGAAGUGCUUCUGAUUGGUCGUGCCGCGUGGGAAAUUCUAUUCCACCAAUCAGAAGCAAUACUUAGAUCUGUGUAGUGACGCGUCAUCAGUAUGGGAUUCUGUGCUGGUUUCUUAGACGCCAUUUGGUGGGGAAACCGGUGGUAGCGCUUCCAAAUGUCGGCUGUUUUCUCAGGCUAGAAAAUGACAAUGUAGGUCGAAGUUUAUAGAAAAUUUUACCAAAGUCAAUACCUACCGAAGCAACACUCAGGGUCUUUCAUUAACGGAGAAGAAAGUGCCACCUUUGUAAUGACAUCUGCAAGCGGUUAGACUUUCUAGUCUUCUCGGAUAUGGACGAAAAACCAUAGAGCCUGUCUCACAGCACUUUCACUUAUCUGGGUCUUAUGGGACGUAAAAGAACCCACACCACUGUUCGAAAAGAGUAGAACGUAGACCCAGGUGGUGUGGCCAACCUUUUCUUGGCUGGUUGGGUUAUCUGUAAUGAGAGAUCUUAAUAUACGGAUAAAACUUCAUACUUGUAAACACUGUAUGUUUAUGUACUCUUUUUGGUCUCUACUGGUACGAGGAUCAAAUUUUCAGAUCUUACUUUAAGUGUUGUUAUCAACAGAUUACAGCAAAAGCACCAUCACUGCGCUUGGUGUUAUGGAUCAUGAGAAAAUCAACUAUGAUUUGAUUGUUGCAGUCUUGGAGUACAUUGUAGUUGGUGAACAUGAGGUAUGUUGAACUGCGUUCUCACUUAACUACAGUUCACUAUUUUACUCUUCCUCCCGGGAAAACAAAUACUUUUUAGGCCCUGCCUUUUUAGAACAUAAAAUUAAUAAUUUCUGGAAUAGAUAUCAGCGACGUGCCCCUGUCCCAGAGAGAUUCUCAUUCUCUCCUUGUCUGUUUUGCAACUGAUACUGUAACUGAGCAUGUGGCAUCAAUUGACACACGUGAAUCGCAAGCAACAUUCAAUUCGCACCAUUUGAUUUAAAUUAAUUCUGCGAAAACUGUCAUUCGCUGUGUUUCAAGGCAAUACAAAAUCCAAAAUUCCUCAUAUCGACAGAGAGGAAAAAACGAAACAGAAAAGUUAUUCCUAAAUUUUCGACAGCUACAUGGCCUUUUCCUCAGAGGGCAAAGUGAUCUCUUGCACCAGACUGACAGUUGAUGUCGAUUAUCUUUUUUUGUCUUCUUUUUCUCUCGUUGUUGUUUAGAACAAAUUUUGAUUUUUGUUGUAUUAUAAACCUUUGGUUAACCCAUUCUCAUUUGUAAUUUUUCUAAAUUUGUCUAGUUCCCAUUCUAUCCUUACCCUUUAAAUCGCUUCAUAGUGCUUCCUUAUGUAAGAACGAAAAAAAGUUUUGGUUAUGAUUUGAUGCAAGCACAUUGACAUUCGCAGUACCCCAAGACUGGCGCAAUUCUGGUGUUUCUUCCUGGCAUGGGAGAGAUUAUGACUUUGCUGGAACAACUUCAAAACCACAAGACAUUCAGUCCAAAAAAUUCUGACAGGUAGUUUUAACGGUGUGCGGUCGUUUCGCUGCAAAGUCGUUUCGUUACAAGUCGUUUCGCUUCGUCAAGAAGUCGAUUGUUGCUGCAAAACAUUUUUCGUUUCAUUGUAGUCUCGGAUUUGAGAAGUUCGAGGACGCGCACUAAAGGUAAAAAACGAACGGCUCUUUUGAGAGCCCCCAAAUCUAACAUUAAAGUUGAAUGCCAAAAUUUUUUCAAUUUUUUCAAAUUGAUGCGUAAAGACUGCGCUACGAAACGUCUUGUAGCGAAGUGACUUUGUGGCGAAACAACCGAAAAGCAUUCCAACUAUAAAGUGCAUUUAUAGAGCUGGAAAGGUAUUCUUGUGGAAACGAAAUUUCUCCCAAUGAAACGUUAAUUUUGAAAGCCAAACGUGUGUUCGGAAAGGAUUAACUAAUGCUUUUUUUACUUUAUGCAGUCAUAUUUUCUUGCGUCUAGAAAACAAUUUCAUGUUGCGUUCGAAACCUUGAUGUUCACAGUUUUUUCGCGACUAAGUUUGGGCUUUUUUGCUUCUGCGACAAUUAAUGUUUAUGCUAGCCUGUUCCAGGCUCCAAAAUCGAAAUGUGCCGCAAAGAUCGUGAAAAAUGAUACGAAAAACACACAGACCCCCCCCCCCCCCCUCCAGUUCCCGGCACCCCAUUUCCCCCUGGCUUGUUUUCCCCCCUUCCCUAAUACCUGAGCGCCUCUCCCUGCCUAUGUUUUUUCUAUCUCUAGGUUUCUUGCGCCUAAAUCUUUUUAGGAAUUUUUNGAUAACUUUUCAUGUUGGCAUGAAAAGCCACCCCGUAUAGUUUGAAAACCUGAUUACAGUGAGCCAAAGAGUGGCCUAGAAACCUAUCCGAUAUGUCACGAUCCACUUUAAGCCUAGACAGAAAAGGUAUCAUUUUCCAAUGCAAAUAUGCAUAAAUGAACAUAGAAUCGAACAGGUUAAGGAAACGGUCUUCCUUGGUGUAGUCCUUGAUGAACAUAUGUCUUGGAAACCGCACAUUUCUCAAGUAGCUCGUAAAAUCUCGAAAUCAAUAGGUGUCAUUAAUAGAGCAAGAUUUUUUCUACCUAAACCCUGUCUAAAAACUCUUUAUUAUUGUUUAGUUUAUCCUUACCUUCAUUAUUGUAUUAUUGUCUGGGGAUCUACGUACAAAACCAAUCUUCGCCGUCUUGUCUCUUUGCAAAAGCGAGUUAUCAGAAUUAUUUCUAAAUCAACUUUCGAUUCUCAUUCAGACCCUAUUUUCAAAGAAUUAGAGCUACUAAAACUUUCCGAUAUUAGACAGCUAGAAUUGGGUAAAUUUAUGUUUUCUCUUAACCAUUCUCUUUUCCCCUUCAAAGUUCAACAAUUAUUUUUCUUUAAACAAACAAGUCCAUAGCUAUGCCACUAGACACGCGAACGAUUUUCGCCUUCCUUCUUGUAGAACAAACCUUCGUAAAUUUUCUGUCAGUUUCCAAGGACCUACUUAUUAUAACUCUAUAGAAAAUGAUUUUUAAGAAUCUAAUUCUCUCCACUUAUUCAAAACGAAAUUGAAAAAAAAAUUAUAUAUGUAUUAUUACUUAUAAAUCUUGUAGUAAAUAAAUAUAUUUUUCUUCACAUUUCUGAUAUUAUUUUUAUACUUAUUGUUACUUGUACCAUACCUUAUAUUUUGUCAACUCAGUGUAUGUGAUUAGUUAAUUUAUACUUACCUUCAUUGUAUUUUACUUUCGAUCCUGGCCUUACCGUUACUGUUAACUUUAUUUUUACUCUGAGGGAGCCCAAUGUCUAUAAGCCUCAUGGUUUCUUAUUGGGCUUCCUCGCCACUUUCAUUUGCUUUUGUGUAACUGUCUUGUUUUAUCGUUAUUUGUAGUUUGUGGUAAAUCAAAUAAAGUUAAUCAUAAAGUUAAUCAUAAUCAUAAUCACUUUUAAGAUGGUUGCGGCGCAUCUUAGCUCCCUUAAGGUUGAUUUCCACUGAUGCGUUUUUCGCUACGCACGUUAACGCACGUAAAUUUUAAUCACGUAAGUAAAAUAGAGGCAAGAUAUAAAGUGCUGAGCUGAGCCAUCCAGUAUAGUGUAGCUUACAAGCCAAGCUGCCCUGGACCCUGGAGAGUUUGCUCGCAGGCUGAGUAUAGUUAAGAGAGGAUUCUCUCUUAGUAUAGUGUAGAAAUUAUUAAGCCUUAAUAUUAUUGCUUUCCAGGAAGCCAAAAGAAGGCAUGAGGAAAAUAGUCCUGUCUACGAAUAUUGCUGAGACCUCAGUGACUAUAGAUGAUGUUGUGUUUGUCAUCGAUUGUGGACGAAUGAAAGAAAAUAGGUAGGAGAUGGAGUUAAGCUUAGACUUAGAAUAAAAUUACAGCAUGAGGUAGUAGUGUGAAGAACGGAAAUUGUUCAGUUGUUUCAUUGUUUUUACGGGGUCAGGUUAACCUUAGAACCUAUGUUAGGCAAGGUACUGUUUCAAAGUUCCAGAAAAAAAAGCCUCUCCAUGUAUAAGCCCCCCAAACCGGUAACGCAAAAAACCCUCCGUUAAAUCGCUCCUCCAAAUAUAAGGCCCCCGAGGUCUUGUACUUGGAAAAUUGCCCUCAAAUACAAAGUAAAACAAAGCAAAAACGGUAAACUUACUUCCUACUGUAAGGCUAGCCCAUUCGAUUUUGAAACGCAAAUUUUCCUCCGUAGAUAAGCCCCUCAAAAAGGGCCUUUGAAAGAUAUUAGCCGCGAGGCUUAUUUUCGGAAUUUUUCGGUAGGUAUGAUUUGAAACUCAUGUCGGUUUUGAGUCUCUUCGUGGGUGCCAAAUGACCUCAAUUUUCAGCCCCACUGUUCCCUCCGACAAAACAGCUUAUUUUCAUGUUCAAGAGUUUGAAGAACUUUCUUCGUCAUUUAAUAAGUUAUCGGCAAGUGCUUCCCUAAUCAACUCGUUGGUGCGUUUACACCAGGUAAAUCUUCAUACUGACAGGCACGCGUGCUUCUAUUCAGGUAUGAUUCUAGCAAGGGUAUGGAGAGUCUGGAGGAGGUCUGGGUAUCACAAGCCAACGCCCGUCAGCGCCGAGGGAGGGCUGGGCGUGUAACGUCCGGGGUUUGUUUUCACCUGUGCACUAGUUAUCGAUUUGAAUACAGAAUGGCAGGUCACCAGAUUCCAGGUAUGUUGUGCAAUAGUUUCUCUUUCAUUAGUUGUGUUCUCAAGAUAACUUCGACUAAUAGGUGUUUGAUUUCUCUUUGGCGAAGCUGACUUUUCGGAAGUUCCUAACAAUCCUCGUAAAACCAGGAGACCAAACUAAUCAAAACCGCACAUGAAUGUAUGUCACCCGCCUAGACCCGCCUCCUUAACCGACCCUUUAAGACUCACGCGAGGGGAGAAUAAUAGGAAGGGCAAAAAAGGGGGGGGGGAAGGGAACGUCUCGCCAACUUGUACCAUUCCUCCGUCCUUUGCGCGUACUAAGAGAGACGUCUGAGAACGAGGCAGUACGUAACCAGUUUCGAGCGCGUAGAAAGGUACAACCAGCACAAUGCGCGACAACCAGUGCAUCCGGUGUCAUGCGCGGAAAAAUGUGCAACUGUAUAAAGCGCGGAAAAACACGUAACCCGAGUCGAGACUGCAGGUUCUGCACGCUAGUCGUACACGCUACUUGCUCCGCACAUCGAAAGUGGAGCUAGGGGUAAGAAGCGGAAAACGGAGACGGGCUAGGGUGAUUGGUUAUAGUACAUUUUGUGGGAUACUUUGCUGACGGGCCAUUAAGAAAGAAAGUUAUUUUCUAUAUCUUUUUGAUAGUCGUUUAAAAAGGAUCUUCAUUUUAGCGUUCGUUGUCUUUUAGAAAUCCAGCGAGUUCCCUUGGAGAAGUUGUGUCUUCGUAUCAAAGUCCUGGGGCUGUUCUUUGGUCGAGAUAUUAAGGUUUGUAAUUAGGAGACUUCUAAGUAAUUUUUCUCAGUUGUUACAAUCGAGAUUGUAUCUUUUGAAUAUUGUUCUAAUUGUGUCUACUCGUACGAAGAGCCAAACGUUAACAUUAAACGUCAUACAUAUAAAUGAGUCGAAUGGUAGAACAAAGCAUUCAGUAACUCUCUAGUUGAAGGUCUUUCAUUAAAUUCUAAAAAUUCCCCAUGUUAGCCCCAUUUAAAAAAAUCAGAAAACUACGCGUCGACGAAAAAAAAGACCUGGACUAGAUCUACUAUUCCUCCAUCCACAAACCUACAAGACCAGACGAGAGCAAUUCUUGGGUGAUAAUAGUGCUAAUUUGCGUUGAAAAAUGUGAAGCGAACUUAUUGACGUUGUGACGCGUGUAACCGAGCGUAAGUAAUGUAACUGUGUGUUUACUACAGGAUGUACUUGGUAAACUGCUACAGCCGCCAUCUGAAGAAGCCAUCCACGAUGCCAUCAGAAGACUGCACAACAUUGGAGCUCUUGAUAUUGAUGAGGUAACAUAGUGUAGAUGCGGUGUUUUGUCAAGUCAAGUGUAUCAGCGAGUGAAUCCCCACACUACAAGCGGUGAUAUACUUUUACAACAUUUGCGUAUUUUUCCCCUCUUCCGCUUCCGUAGCUCCACAGUUUGAUCCAACUUUUUCAUGAUGUCUAGAUGUCUAGUGCAGUCUGGUCCAGUCUUACUGCGCUUUUCACAAACAUGCGAACUCUAAAUUUCAAAAGCCGCCUUCACAAUUGCGUUUUUCGCUGCCGUCAAUCAUAAUUACGAUUACAAGCAACGAACCUUGAAACACAGAAACUCACGAAACGUAUCGAAAUCCACCAAUCAGAAAUCACAAUUCAUGACCUUUUGAACCCGUUAAAGUAAAGUUUCGUUUCCUAAGAAGUCCGUUAAGAUGAUUGACGGCAGCGGAAAACGCAAUCGUCAGUUGGCUUUUGAACUUCAGAAUUCGCAUGUUUGUGAAAAGCGCAGUAAUAGUUAAAACUGAAAUGACUAGAACGUGAGAGCGUAAAUUGAUCAAACCCUUUAAUUUCUAAGGCUUACUUUCCGGCGUACAUGACCUGUAUGUAAAAGGUAAUGAGAAAUAGCGAAAAAUUAUAACUUCUAAUCAAAUCUUUUCUUAUGGUUAAGAAUAAAAAUAUUCUCGAAACUGAGAAUGUUUUGAUCAAAGCUGUGUAAAGCGAACUUAAACAGUGCAUGGAAACUUAAAAUCUUCAUUAUUAAUCGGUAGAUAUCAAAGAGCUACACAACAACCAAGAAUGCUGUACGGUGGCGGAUCCAAAAGGGCCCCCCCCCCCGGUUGUUUUAGACUAAAGUGAGGCCCGGGGGGCCAAAAAAAAUUUCUUUUGAGACCCGGCCCACAUUUGCUUCUGGGCCUGGUUUACCACCCGCCCCCCCCCCCCCCCCCCCCCCCCCACCCCCCCCCACCCCCCCCCCGACCCGGCACCAGCACCCUCACGCGCCCGACCGAACAAACAGCAACACCUACAACACAAAAAAACAAAAAAAAAAAGACAUUUUUAAAAAAGACCAGAAAAAGAAACUAUAUACUAACAAGUCAAAUCUAAAUUUUUAUUAAUACAUCGUAAAAAUCAAAAACAAACAAAAAACACAAACAUUGUUUGUCGGGGGCGGACCAAAAAGGGCCCCCCCCCCCCCGUUUGUUUUAGACUAAAGUGAGGCCCGAGGGGCCAAAAAAAUUUUCUUUUGAGACCGGGCCCUCAUUUGUCUCUGGGUCUGGAUGACCACCCACCCCCUCCCCCCCCCCUAACCUGACAUAACACAGAGCGGCGGCAGAUGAAGUGUCAACCAUUACUAGUUACUAUGAACAACUAAUUAUGAACAAUUGUCAAUAAAAAUAAAGACAAAAAUGCCUUACAUUUGAUGAACUGAAUUGAGUUCCUUUGAGACUUUCAUAUCUGUUAAUAGGCAAAGGGGGAGGACAACUAUUGUGAAGGUAUUUUAUUUAAAAAAAGGUACCUAUUCUUGAAACUAGAACCGUUUUAACUCUCUUUAACCUUUUUCAGAAUCUGACCUCGCUGGGUUACCACUUGGCAGCUCUUCCUGUUGAUGUGAGGUAAGGUCCCUCUCACCAAUUUCACUGUGCUAUUCUGGCCAUCAUUGUUCAUUCUGGACAACAUCGCAAUGUUCUUAGGUUAAAGUUGACACCAUUAAAGUCGCGCACCUGUAGCCCGUACCCUCUUCCUGCUGAGAAAACGGAACAGGGUGUGUGUUUGUGGGGGGGGGGGAGGGGUACGGCUACACGUAGGCUGUCUUAUACAAUAAUCAGAAUUGGUGUACAUUAACCGUUUCUUUUUCUGCAGGAUUGGUAAGCUCAUUUUGCUUGGUGCCAUAUUUAGAUGUCUGGAUCCUGUUUUAACCAUUGGAGCGAUUCUCAGUUACCGAUCUCCUUUCGUAAGUACAAUGAUACAGUGCUGGCUGACGUCUUAAUUGGUGCCAAGUGAAAUUAGAAAAAAUAUUAUUUCAGUUACGUUCGUUCCUUCCAUAGUUAGGCUUUAACGUGUUUUGAGGUUUUCUGUAGCGUCUUUAAAUACAGUAACAUCCUGAAACCUCUGGACGCCAUCUUGGCACUGCUAUAUAGGAAACGUUGCUAUAGACAUUUUGUAAUUUCCCAUGUCAUUAUAAAUUUACUCUGCAUUUUCGGGCUAAAACUGAGGAGUAAUUUGUCACCCAUGGCCAUGAUAUUGACAUAAAUAAGCUGCUGGUAACAAAUAUGACGAAAGAGAGCAUGUAACUCUGUGGCAAUUUUCAAAACUACAAGUGUGAUAGCUCUGGUUAUAGCGUUAUAAAUUAUAACAUAAAAUGAUAUUAUCUUGCGAGGUGACUGAAUUGCGCAUGUUUGUGUAUAAUUCUAAUAUGUGUGCUUCAAAUUGUAAAAGCUUUAGUGAUAGCUGUAGAAAUUACAACAUAAACAAAUAAUAUGUAUCUUGCGGUACGAGGUCAGCGGUCAGCGAGAAAGAUGGCGGUAAUUUUGAGCUUCGUUAAAUUUACAGUGAAUUUAGCUUAUCAAAGCUGCGUUUUCCUCUUUUUUCUUCUUUUUUCGUGUUACAUGUUGUCCAAAUUCAUCUACGUUUUUCCUCUUCUCUCUCUCUCUUUUUCUUUUUCUUUUUGUUCUUCUUAUGUGUGCAUUAAUUGUGCUUUAGUUUUCUCGCUGACCUGUAAUUUAAUUAACAAUUAAUGAAUGAGGCUGAGUAUCCUAUGAAGAAUUAUGGAGAUCGAGUAGGGUGUUAUCGGCCGAGGCGGAUAGCACCCUCCUCGAUCUCCAUAAUUCUUCAUAUGAUACGAAAGCCGAAUUGAAUAAUUGUUUUAUUAUUCAUUCAAAAUAAUUCCUAGUUUAAAAACAUGGCCAGGCAUGCUUACCUCCAUCGAUCCAUCGAUGUUAAGUUUAUCUUCGAUAGUGCACGUUUAGGGUUGUUCAGCUCCGCAAAUAUUCUCCAAAUAGCAGAUGUCGCCCUUCGAGUUGUCUUCUUGCUGUUCUUGCCAUGUUUUUAGCUAUUUUUUCGCCUAGUUCUUACUCUUGAAACGAGAGAAAUGUCAGCCAUUUUUCAAGAUCACAACUAAAACAACUAAACAACUUAACGGUGCAUUAACCUGCACGAACGCUGCAUUUUUGACGUCAUUUCCUCGCUAAACACAAAAUUGUUCCAAAUUUGGUCAUCACUAACUGGUUAUGGUGAAUUAAACGUGUGCUUUUAGCCAAUCAGAAUCGGAGAAAUAUUUUGAAUGAAUAAUAAUUUUAAUUGAUGCUGAUGUCAACUGGCUUCCAGGCUCCGCUAGCCCCCAUGGUUAUUAAUAAUAUAUUUUUGAGCAAGAGUGAGUACAAAUAAAGAUUGUUGUUGUUGUUGUUGAGAGGUAACUGAAUUGUGCGUGUUUGUCUAUAAUUCUAAUAUGCGUGGUGUUUCAAAUUAUAGUCUGCCCCGUUUGACAAGAGAGAGGAAGCGGAUAAGAAGAGACAAGAAAUGGCUGUCGGCAACAGUGAUCAUCUGACCUUGUUGAAUAGCUACAAGGUACAAAUACGAAGAGAUGGUCAGGAGACUGGCCCCUACUCUCGAGCUUCUGGUUGUGUCAUCCUCUUAGAAAGUGUUUGUUGUGGUGGAAACAUUUUGCGAGACAGUACACCCCGGGUAGCAGGCUACACUCGAUCACCCAUUCGCCAUUUUCAUACAACUCAUAUCGAUUAAUGCACCUUUUUUACCCCCAAAAUUUUGUAUAAGAAUUUUUUUUUUCAAUUUCUCCUCGGUAUUACAGUAUUACAUUUUAUGCAUUUUUUUUUUGUGGGGGGGGGAAGGGAAAAGGGGGGGGGUUGGGUAGAACAAAGUGUCAUGGGUAAUGCGAAAGUUGGCGAAUUACCCGCUUUCCUCUUCGCUUUCGUUCGCUUGCCACACAAAUAAGCCUCAUCCACACGCGCUUCCGGGGUCGCGGGACGAGGCGAAUGACUGGAAAGAAGCAAGUGUAAGAUAUCAUGGAAAUGUGGCAGAAAGACAAGUGAAGUGACAUCUCGCCAACUUUCACCGUCCCGCCGUCCUUUGCGCAUAGAAAGAGAGACGUGUGGGGACGAAACGAAGACAGUACGGUCUUACGGUCUAGCAACCUCGUCCCCAGGGUCUUCUCGUUUUCCAAUAUGGCGGCGGAAAACGAGAAGACCCUGGGGACAAGCUUGGCGGUCCAGUAGCCCAAAAAUGGCUGUGCAGACCUGAACACCAAGAGACUUCUUACGAGCAUUACACUAGGGUCGACGAAUAGAUCACUUUUAGUCUACAGAAAGUCUUAGUUUGCCUUCCAUCUGUCAUAGCCUAUCGAAUAGACCUAUUCGGCUAACUCAAUGUUGUACCCAAUUCAAACCCUUUGGGAAUAAAACGUAUUGUUUCAGGAAUUUCCAUAUCAUUUAAAUGUGAAUGCUACAUUAUAAUGCAAAUACAAUACACAAAGAAUCUUAUCCCCGGGAGAUUUGAAUUGGGUACAACAUUGAGUUAGCCGAAUAGGUCUAUUGAGGGGCCCGGUGCCAAAUUUUAUUGUAAAUAUCAUUCUUGCUUCAUGUGUUUGUUUACAGAGCUGGGUUGAGGUUAUGGAACGUGGAGUGGCUGCCGGGUAUCACUUUUGUCGAAUAAAUUUUCUCUCCAUGAAAACACUUAAGGUUAGAAAGAUCUGUCAUUAAUUUCACUCUAAAUGAAUCCAACUCGAAACGUAGAUAACAAAAAGCGUAACUGAAUUCAGGCUACGAUCUUGGGACAAGGACAAAAGUCUUGAGUUCUUGACCAAAUUUGAACUUAUCAACCCCCAGGUUCGGGUGGGUGCUCUGUCCACUCAUCCCAGGAAAAGAAGAGUAAAGAAACUUAGUAAAUUCACAUAUGACACGCGUCCUGCAUCCAGCGCCUCUCCUUAGCAGCCAUUCUUUGGGUCGUCACGCAACACUCCUCCCAACAAGGGGAAAAGGAAUGUGGUUCGAUUCUCAGCAGCCGUUUGUGGAGAGGAGCGUUGCGUGACGACCCAAAGAACGGCUGAGAAGGAGCCCGAGGGGUACUCCCAUAUAUGAGCUAUAUAGGGAUGUGCCGCCCAGUAGGGUAGGGUUUUUCAGGGUCUCGAACCUUAAAUAGGGUUUCAUUUUUGCCAUUGUUAGAGUCGCGUUUCUGGUGUGAUCCUUAGAAGGGUAUCUAAAUUGUAUCUGUUGAGAUUCAAGUUCGUAAAUUCUCAGCUAGACGAGAAGCAGUGUUAGAAAAGAGAUUUAAUGAGUGGUGGUUAGUGGCGGUCGUUUGUUAUCAUUAAAUUUUUAGGUUUUGUUUUUCCCUUGAAUAGGGUAUCAGUUUUCGUUUUUCUCUUCCUUAAAUAGGCUGAGGGUUUAAGACCGUGGGUGGUACAGACAUAUCCGAAAUUUAUGGGAGUACACCCCCUCUCCUCCCGGGCGUAGGAGACUUGACAUACCGCUAGAAUCAGCAAUGUCGCAAGUGUACUGUAUUGUAAAAGUAAAAAGGUGGAUUUAUAAAGAUUUAUCUCUUUUCAGAUGAUCGCGAGCCUGAAAUGCCAGUACGCUGAGUUGUUAUGUGAUAUUGGUUUCAUCAAAGAUGAUCUUACGGCCAGAAAAAUGGGAAAACUGGCACCAAGGACUGGAGACGGCGUGUUAGCUGCGACGGGGGACGUAGUAAGUCUAUGGGAGGGUUGGGGUGUGCUACACUCGCGUAGUGUAGGGCUGAAACUUGUGAUGUGGCAAAUAGAACAGAGUUUUUGUAGUUAUUGGGGAGAUGCAACGUAAGCAGGCAUUUCUAGGGUCGAUUUCAGUCAUUUGACCACUAAGUCGUUUACGCAACUAAGAAGACGGCGGCAGUGAAGACGUCAGUAAUAGAAUAUAUUCGCGUUCUUUCUUUCAACACUUGUAGAAGAAGUUAUAAUCGUAGAUGCGAACCCAAUUGAAGGUAAUGUUUCCCUUUCUCUUCUAGAUGAACGCGAAUUCGAAGAACCAAAAGAUUGUGUUGGGAGUUGUAUGCGCCGCUCUAUUUCCAAAUGUCGUCCAAGUCGUUAAACCGGAAAUCAAGUACAAGGCUUCCGUUGCUGGUGAGUGAUGUAGGAUGUGGGUCAAAUGCCAUUUUCUGCUCGUGUACGUUCUCUACCCCUGCUCCACAUUCUACUAACCCUAUUGAAUAUUGUCCAUUUUCCCCGUCUGUGUAACAGGAGCGGUUCCUGUUGAUUCCAAAGCAGCUGAACUCAAGUUUUGGACAAAGAAUGAUGGACAGGUUCGUAUACGCUUCCAUUUUAGGCAAGGAACAGUUUAUGUGAAUAGGUCACCUUCAGUUGGUGACUGUUUAUCUUGAAUGGGCCCUUUGUAGUAAGUCAUUCAUGUGGUACAAAAUCGCCAUACUGGAGAGCAAAGGACGUACUGGCACAGUUAAAGCAAAGAGCUCACAUGGUAAUUUUCUUUGUUUGUAUUGUCCUAGUGCAACUUCUGCUCCCCAGGAGCAUGGCGGUUUUGUGCCGCGUGAAUGACUUGCUGCAAAGGGGCCUAUUACUUACCGAGAAACCAUCGUACAAGGCCGCCCAAUCUACCCCAAUAAUCAAGAGUCAUCAAGUCAAGCAUAAUGAACUGUCGUUUUCGAAGGUUUUUCCUGGUUUAGUGACCUUCUUGCAAUAUGGGAUUCCCCCUAGCGGGAACUGAAUUAAGGUAUUACUUGGGUCGUGACAUAACAUUUAUUUGUUCAUCCACAGCCUUUUUUUCCUGAACUUGAGAUUCUUACAAGGACGUUGUUUACCGUCACGCAACUUAAUGUUAACGAGUGUGGUUUGUUAUCCUGAUUAAAAUGUUUCUUUUUUUACCUCAGGUGUUCAUUCACCCCAAGUCGGUAAAUUUUCAAGUGAACAGUUUUGACAGCCCAUUUCUUGUUUAUCACGAGAAGGUCAAGACGUCCAAAGUAAGCAUAUCUUUCCUCUUAGUUUUCAUUUCCGUUCAUUCUGCAAGAAAGCGUUUCGUAAAACUUGCGACUCCAAAAACCAUCUUUCGGCGGAAGAAUUUCUGGGAUUGUCUGUAAAUCGGCAAAUUAUGAUUGGUUAAUAGUUGCCAUGGACAACUUGUAACCAAUAAUAGCUCAGAUUGGUUAUCAAAAAAUAACCGUGUCAGUCUCAGGUGGAGUGCACAGUUGAAUCAAUCGCAGUUUGAUAACUGGGUUAAUUACUGCAGAGCAUAGAAAUCAGUUGCAGUUACCUUUUUCCAACACCACGCCGCUGUUCUUGCUGUACUUUUUUAUUAACAUAUCUUUUGCUAUUCGCUCUUCGCAAUACGUGUGAAUUUCGGCCACUCUCAAUUUUUGCAUAGACCAUAAUACACCUUGUUUACCCCUCAAAAUUUUGCAUAACCAUUGCCUUCGAUUUCUCUCGGAACGACUGUAAUACCUAGGAGAAAUUGGAAACAAUGUUUAUGCUAUUUGUUUUGGUUGGAGGUGGGUGGGGGGGGGGGAGGGGUAAACAAGGUGUAUUAUGGUCUAUGUGAAAAUGGUGAAUUUUCAACCAAAAUGACUGAGCUAGUGCAACCUUGUCCACAGGGCUUCUCGGGUCCGACUUUUUCUGCUGGUAGCCCGAACUAUUGACGUCAUUUUACCAAAACAGGAAAACGUCUUACAAAUUUGGUCAAUGUUAGCUGGUUACGAAGAAUUAGCCGGGGAAUUUGAGCCAAUCAGAGACGGAGAAACAUUUUGAAUAGUAAACCUAUUUACUCACCGAGUUGCAACACCUUGAGCGUGCAGUUACUCAUGUUGCUGUCUGGUCAUAUCUCGAGUUAAGUAACGAACGAGGUGCAAAGUUUAAAAGUGCCACGUUUGACGGCACAACGCAAGGGAAACCUCGUUAAACAGAAGCCAAUGAUUUGUAAAAAAGCCACUCAUUCAUAACCUUUCACAGGUAUAGUAAAUCUUUGCGACUUUAACAUCCCGUACAUGAUUUUUUGAACAGGUUUACGUCCGGGACUGCAGUAUGGUGUCUGUGUAUUCGUUGCUUCUCUUCUGUGGGGAUAAUUUGUCCGUGAACUUAGAAAAGGGUGUGUUUGUAAUUUCCAUCGAUGAUGGGUGGAUUCGCUUUUCCGCAUCUUCUCUCAAGGUGAGUUAUAUUAUGAAAUAGUAUUCUGGUUUUAAUUAAAGAUUUGUCGUUUUCUCAAACCCAAUACAGUGUGCGAAAAACCACCUGGAAGGUUUUCGUUUGUUCACGCUUAUAACUUGCCCUGUCUCAAAACAGCCAACCCCUGGGGUUAAUCCCACUUGUUUUUUUUUUAAUGAUCGGCACGCGGGUAUCCGCCCAGAGAAUCAGCCCUACACUACUUGCCCCUAAAGCCUUCCCCCACAACGAAUACAUUUGCGACAUGAAGAUAAAACUUACUCUCAUUGCGCGAAGUGCCAACAAUGUUGAAAGUUGAUGCGUCCGUUUGCACGUACUUAAUAGUUUGACUGGUUUCAGUUCAACUGACUUUGCGCAACAACCCCCAACCACAUUCUACAUGGUGUGUAAGCGGACGCAAAAUGUAAUAUCCAACAAUGUUAGGAGUUGUUGGCCAACAAUGUUACGUCCGUUUGCACGGGGCUUAAUCGUGAUAGGACUUAUCCCAUUUUUUGUUGGUGUGAUCGUCAUACCAAAGAACACUUUUCUAGUUGGUGCGUCACGCAACACGUAGAUAAAAGUUUGACUGGUUUCAAACUUUGCGCAACAACUCCCAACAACAUGCAACAGGGUGUGCAAACGGACGCAACAUGUAACAUCCAACAAUGUUGGGAGUUGUUGGCCAACAAUCUUGCGUUCGUUUGCACGGGGCUUAAUCGUGAUAGGACUUCAUCCCAUUUUUUGUUGGUGUGAUCGUCAUACCAAAGAACACUUUUCUAGUUGGUGCGUCACGCAACACUCCCCCAAACUCACGUGGCCGAAAUGCAAUAUUACUUACAGAUGGGUCUAGUGAUAAUUGGAAAUUCAGCCUUUGCAUAUCCAAGUUUGGUUAACACCCACUCAAAGAAAAUAUAUAAACAAACAAAACCGGAAGUAAAUUUAUCGUUAUAAUUAAUUGUAGUGUUAGCCCUGCUCUUUGCCGGCCAAAAUAUGUCAAUACCAAUACCUGAUUUAUUCGCCAUCAUCUUACAAAUAUUAAAUUGAAAUCUUUGCUGUGGAAUCGUGUUCGAGCAACAGGCCAUUUCCGAGUUCCCCCGGGUCUCUGUAUCAAAACGAGUGCUCAGCCUUUGAUAUGGAAAUGAUUUUUCAUUCCUCAUACAAUAAAACUCAUUUUCACAAAUAAGGCUGUGCACUUGGCCUCACUUUGAAAGUGAGGGUUCUUGGAACUCGGAAGUGGCCUACUCGCUCGCUACACGGUGGAGUACUAGGAAUGUUUUUGUAUUACUGAACCUAAAUGGUUGUGAUCGGCAAGAAGCUACAAACCAAUGAAAAACUAAAACAUUGGUAACCAAAUCCAAACAGGAACUUCAACGAGACUAAUGAACCAAGGUCAGCUCUAACAUCACAAACACGACCACCUAUGGUAAACUAACAUCUGAUAAUGGCAAGCGAACAAUAUUCCUAAAAAGGCAAUAAGUAAAUUCGCGAGCUAAGCAAAAAUUCAAGUAAGUGUAAAAGCAAAAGAUGAAAACAGGAAAAUAUCUAUGCGGACAAAAUCCAAACUAACCUUGACCCACUUAAUGAAACAAAAACGAAACUAAAAAGAUGAGACAGAUCUUAAAAUAACUUUCAAAAUACUACACAACACUGCCUUAGUUGAGCGAUAAUCAAGAGGAUAUCUAUUUAUAUUUUAGCAAUCAACAUUUGAAAAGAAUUAAUAACAGUCUUCGUGUACAACUCCAAAUGCUUAAACAGAAUUGACUUAUUGACUUAUUUAAUUUGCCCAAUUGUAGAGAAUGUUUUUUUCAGAUUUUAGAAAAUAAGAAUCUGUUUCUAAUUUUAAGCUAAACAGGUUCUUGUAUAGAGGGGGCCUAACUGGCAAAGUUUAGCCGAACAGGUUCUGUUCUUAGUCGCGGCUUUUACUGUUUACCCUCUCCUUUAAAUAAGGGAAUAAGUAAACAACUUCUAGCAAGCAAACACUCUGCCCAGUGCCAGUAGUCUUGUCAUCGAGAAGGAGGGGGAAGGGGAUGGCGCUGUAAAGAACACACCCUCCUCUAUAUUGACUCAAACUUCUUCAGGCAUAAAAUUGGAGUGGCUGAAAUCCUUAACGUGUAACCAUUCAAAUGAAGGGUAUUGAGCAGUACUUUCCUUUGGUACUGUUUAUUAUGCUGUACCAUGUGGCUCGGGCAACGUUUGACUCUGUCGGUGAAAUCCCAAAGUGUGACCAUCCAAAUUAAAGCUACUGAGCAGUACUUUCCUAUGGUAACGUAUAUUAGGCUGCACAAGGUGGUUCUAACCUCUGCGUUUGUGGGUGAAAUUCUUAUGUCUAGACGGUCGAGUGAGAACCAUUAAGCAGUAGUCUCCUGUGCUGCUGUUUGUAUGCUUGUAUAUUCUGUAUGUGUUACAUUUAAUUUUGAAUCUGAAUGAAACGGUAAAAAGUUCUCUAAAAUAUUCACUUAGGAGUUAGUGAAUAAAAUACUAAACAAUGACUUCUGUUUGACUGUAGGUCGCUACACUAGUGCGAGAUUUAAGGGCAGAGCUGGACCGAUUACUAGAAAACAAAAUAGAGAACCCCAGCUUUGAUCUCGCGAACUGCGCUCGAGGAAGCAGGAUUAUCAACACCAUUGUACAGCUGAUUACUAGUCAAUGA